CUGCAUUAAACACAUACAAUUAAUUCACCAGUGCGCGGCUCGCGAAACACACUGCAAUUUUCAUACCUUAUUGUCCAUUCAAUUUUCUUCACUUGUUCGGUGUGUUCAAACGCUUUAUUUUUCUCUUUAAUCAGUUUUAUACACGCACAAUUCCGUCGAUUUAUCUAUUUAUUACUAUAUCGAACAAGUUUUCGUGCAAAAACCGUUUUUGUUUUGCUCAUUGAUAAUCACUGUGAUUUACUGUUUUAGUGUUACAUUUGGUGUAUACUCUUGUUUUUGCGCGAGUUUUUAUUUUUCUUUCUCUCUCUUUUUUCAUCAAUCGCUAAUCAUUUGAAUAAAAUUAGACUGCGAUAAAAACAAAUUGUUUUCGCCACUGUUCAACUAGAAAAACUGGAAAAAAUCAAUCGAUCGUUUUCUAAACGAAGUGCGUUCAUUUCAGUGUAUCCAUUCAAGUCAUUCGUAACAUCGUGUAGUUUUAUCCAGUGGCCAACCAGUUCACAAGUGGAUUUCUCGUGGUUGUGUCAACAGAAAGUGAGAGUGUUGAAUGCAUUUUCCAUUUUUUUUGUGCGUCACAGUUUAAAAAAAAUUGCGAAGAAAUUGCACACCAGCCACUGUGUCAAUUCAGACAGAAAAACAAAAGUUCGUCGCAUUUUUUGGAUUACGGAAAAAUUUCGACGAAAUGCAAGUGCUGGAACUUAACACGAAAGACUAUGAUGGACUGAAAAGCGUCAGUGAUGGCGUGAUUGAUGCCGCAUUUCGAAAAGUGCGCAAAAAUAGCAUUGGAUUUCAUAUCUGGAAAGUAGAGAAUAAUCGCGUAGAAGCAUUGCCAAAGGAAAAGUUUGGCAUUUUUUACGAUGAUUGCACGUAUAUAAUUUAUGCGUCAACGAUAAAAGGCAACAUUGUCAAUCAAUACACAAUCAGCCGUGAAAUUCGACCGAAUACAAAUGUUUUGUAUGGUUUCAUCCAUUUUUGGUUGGGUUCAAACACCACAUCAGACAAGUCCGGCAAUGUUGCGUACAAAGUCAUUGAACUUGACAAUCAUUUGGAGAAUAUCGCGUGCCAGUAUCGAGAAACUCAAGAGCAUGAAAGUGCACGUUUUAUGUCAUAUUUCAAAGAUGGAAUUAUCGUGUACUCGCAUCAUGCACAAUUCGAAUCAAAGGCGCAAUUAUUUCAAGUAAAAGAUAAAAAAUGUCCGCGUUGUAUCCAACGAUCACCGAUUAACUGGUCACAUUUUAAGAGCAACUAUGUUAUGAUUUUGAAAACACCAAAAUAUCUAUUCGUCUGGAUUGGACGGACGAGUAGCCACAGUGAACGUUUGAAUGCAUUCAAAUUGGCGGCAAAAAUGCGUGCACAAUGCAAACAAAUGCCUGAAAUGGUUGUCGUUGAUGAUGGUUACGAACAAUCGAUGACCGAAACAAAGAAAAAAUCAUGGAAUGAAUACCUAUGUUUAUCACAGCGUGUCGUUCAUCCAUCUGAUGAGUUGCCAACGAUACCGGUGCCAACAUUUCGCUUGUACAAGUGUGGCUUUCAUAAUGGCAAAUAUCGCAUCGAAGAAAUUAAAUCAUCGAUUUUACAUCAACGCGAUUUGAGUAGCAGUCGUGCAUACAUUAUUGACUGUGGACCGCAUUACGGUGCUUGGAUUUGGGUUGGUAGAUACUCCGAUGCAAAGGAUAAAUCAGAAGCUAUGAGAAAUGCCAGAGGUUUUGUAAAAAAGAAAUCCUAUCCGGGUACAACACCCGUUGUUCGGGUAAUUGAAGGCUAUGAACCGUAUGAGUUUGUACGAUUCUUUCCAUGGUGGCAAGAUUUCGAUGUGAAUGGUAAUCGUCCGGCAAAUCUAUUGGGCAAAUAUGAUGCGAUGUCAUUGAUUCAACGCCCACAUCUAGCCGCCGAAUCGCAAUUAAUUGAUGACGGCCAUGGUGAAAUGGUAAUUUAUCGUGUCGGUGCAAAAGGCGACAUCAUCGAAAUUCCGAAACGUAACAAUAUCGCAUUGUUUUCCGGCGAUUGUUAUCUUAUUCACUACAUUGUAACGUCAAUUGAAAACAAUGGAAAAACUCUGGCUGAGUCGAAUGUAAAAAAUAUUUUGUAUCUUUGGACUGGUAAACAAUGUUCGGUGGAAACUGCAGUCCAAGGUGAAAAUUUGGCCGAUGAAUAUGCUAAACAUUUGCGUAAUAAAGUGAUGCAGGUUCGCGUGUAUGAAAAUAUGGAACCACCGCAUUUUCUGCAAGUAUUUAAAGGCAGAAUGAUUGUGUUCAAAGGAAAAUGCACCGAUUUUGAUUCACAAGGCAGCUGUUGUGUCUAUCCCAAUACGUAUUUGCUAAAAGUUAUGGGCAAUGCAACGCAUAAUUCCAAAGCCUUUCAAGUGUCUAGUAAAAUUGUUGAUUUUACCGCAUAUGAUUGCUUUAUUAUUCGCACGGCUGAUGGAAGUAAUUGGAUUUGGUGUGGACCAAGCUCAACGGGAGACAAUCGUGAAGUUGCAAAAAGCAUUGGUUCAUUGAUUGGUGAAUAUAGUUUGAUGAUUGGCGGCAAUGAAUCGAUUGAAUUUUGGAAAUAUAUUCCGGAUUCGGUGCGUGUUAAAUUAAAAAAUGCCAACAAUAAUAAGCUCAUUCGACAUGAUCCGGAUUUAAAACAUGCAAUCGAAAAGAAUUUCUAUAUUGAUCGCUCAAAAGCGGAACUCUAUGUGGUUACUGUUGAAGCAACGGGAAAAAUUAAAACCAAACAAAUUGUUUCAUACACACAACAAGAUUUAUCAUCGGAAGAUAUUUAUCUAUUGGAUGCUCGUCUAUUUGUUUACGUUUGGAUUGGUUCGCUAAGCCCAAAAAUGGAGAAAAUAAAAUGCUGGCAAAUUAUUGAUGAGUAUUUGGCGAAUUACCCAGUACCUCGAGAUAUUUCAACGCCACAUGCAGUCAUUUUACAGUCCCUUGAACCGUCCACAUUCAUUGGAUACUUUGAUCAGUGGGAUAAGAAGUUUUGGGAUACGCAUCUCACGUACGAUAUGGAACGAUUGAACAUUGAAGCAUUGUCAAAUGGUCAUAUCACGAUGCCAACAACAAAAUUAAAUAAAUAUGUUGAUAAUGACUUUGACAGUUACCCAAAGUAUCCGGUUGAAUUGUUGCGAAGCGAGGCCAGCCGAUUACCCGACACCAUCGAUCCAAAAAUGAAAGAAUUGCACUUAACGCACGACGAUUUUGUUUCCAUAUUUCACAUGAACUACUCUGAAUACUCAGGCUUGCCGAAUUGGAAAAAGCAAGAAUUGAAGAAGAUUCAGAAACUAUUUUAAAUGUUGAUGAUAAGCUUUGCAAUUCCAAUAAAUUUACUUAAUGCUAAGAAAUAAAAACAAACAUGAAAUGAAUGCUAAUUUGAACCGUCCACAACUACUUUUAUUAUUAUUUUUUUUA